UUGCUUUUCAUUUUCCUUUUUAUAACUAGCAUUUCUUUCUCCAGCGUUUCUUUUUAUUAGUGAGUCUGUUGUGGAGGUUAUAUGCGAGGUUACCUGCGUGCGUACAAUCCAAGAGCAUGGCCUCCGAAAGCCGCGAUACCCUAUCUCGGGCUAAAGCGUCAAAACCAACUCACUGCCCGUAGUCGACUGCGUUAGUGCAGUUGGUAUGUGUAAUUAAUCGUAGUUAGUUUGUAUCGUACAGUUUGGCUGUUCCGACUGCUAGCGCCUUACUAAGGCUUUGCUACAACGUUCAGCUGCGGCGAGUCGUGUGAUGCACGGAUAGACGGGUGAUGUCUUCUCUCCGAUUUCAGAAGCAACCUACCGGCUUGUCUACCUAGACUUUCAAGAAAUAAGGUGGUCAAUACAAUGCCAUUGUCAUGUAGCAGAUGCUUUGUGUAUGAAACGUGGAGGUACUGAAGUGGUUGGCAGAAAGAAUAUUGCAUGGACAUGGAACAGACAGCAGGCCCAGGACACCUGGCGAAUCACUGCUGAAGCUCACCUGUGCAGACUCCACCAACAAUGAUGCCACGGAGGCAAGUGCAGGUCAGAGGCAAGAAGUAGUGGCCCUGGUGUCGACAUUCACCCAAUUUCUUUCAUUUUCUUACACCUCGAACACACCUCGAACAGCCACCUUGACUGCGGGCUUCUUUCACCUACGGACGUUAGUGAGUGCUCUGAGCGAAGAUGGCAGUAGGACCGGCUUGAGCCAGAUGUGCCAACGUCGAUUGCACAACGAACAGAGAUGCUACGACCAGCAGCGCUUCACGCAGCAGGAACUGCAAGUGCUGAGAGCCCUUGACGACAAACUCCGAAACGGCGAGAUCACCAGAGUGAGGUCAACGUACCCGAGCAACGUGUCCCAAACGGAGAGAGAAAUGUUUAAGGAGAGGAUAUACAGCGCCAUUAUGAGCAUCGCACCAAAUGAGCGAGCGGCCCGGAUCAUCAAGGAAAAAUUGGAGAACUUUGUUAAAUGCAUGGCCAACAGCUACCAACGUCCUUAUCCAGGGGGUCGCAAUCAGAGAGAAUGAGAAUAUGCUUUUUUUUUCUGCCUGGUGUUGGAAUAGCGUCAUCGUCCUGUACAACGGUGCCUGGUCCUUUGAUAAGGAUGUUCAUCGCUGUGUGAUAUUCGUCUGAGCACUGUGCUAUCGCGAUGCUUGUGAAGUGAAUAAAAUGUGUGAUCUCACAGUU